GCCUGGCGAGCAGCCGCAGCGCCGCGGGCCCCGGGGGACAGGCGGCUUCAACCAUGGAGCUCAACAAGGACAGCCCCGCCGUGUCCAUCGACAUGCUGCUGAUCGUGCACUCGGAGAAGCGCCGCGCCGCCGCGCAGGGCGUGCCCCGGGACCCGCGGGCCGACGCGGGCGCGCUCCUGCAGCGCCCAGGAGAAUUCCAAGGUGUCGGAAACGGGAUCCGGAAGUGGCAGAACUUAGAAGGAAAUGACUUCCACGAAAGCUCGGCGGAGAAGCAGCACCCUCAGCAGCCGCAGGUCAUCACUUCCUAUGACAACCAAGGGACACAGCUCACGGUGGAAGUCCACCCGUGUGACACCAUGCCCCAGCUGCUCAAAAAGUUCUCCUUGGCCAAACGUUUGCAAGGUGACAAAAAUGGAAACACGAGACCCCGGCAGCCUGGAGGAAAAGAUGCCCAUGCCUAUCCUUGGGACAAGUCCAGUCUCAAAUCCAUGCCUCUGGACCUCAGGCAGUUUGAAAAACUGGACACCUAUGCCUCACAGGUGACCGUCAAGAGUGGCCUGGAUGAGCUGGUGAGUGACCUGCUCCAGGAGGCCCACAGCGAUCUGGAACGGGUCCGGGCCAUCUGGAUAUGGAUCUGCCACCACAUAGAGUAUGACAUCGAGGCUGCUCAGGAGAAGGAUCGCCAAGCCUUCAAACCUACCAACAUCCUGCGGACCAAGAAGACCAACUGUGAUGGCUACGCUGGUCUCUUCGAAAGAAUGUGCAGGAUUGCUGGCGUGCAGUGCAUGACGGUGGCCGGCUACUCCAAGGGCUUCGGCUACCAGACAGGUCAGAGCUUCUCCGGGGAGUUCGACCAUGCCUGGAACGCCGUGUUCCUGGAGGGGAGAUGGCACCUGCUGGACAGCACCUGGGGCAGUGGCCUGGUGAACACCGCCACCUCCAAAUUCACCUUCCUCUAUAAUGAAUUCUACUUCCUUACUCAUCCGGCACUGUUCAUUGAGGACCAUUUCCCAGACAACAAGAACUGGCAACUCCUAAAACCUCCCCAGUCUCUGAGGCAGUUUGAGAACAACAUGUAUCACAAGAGUGAAUUCUACAACAAGGGGAUGCUCGGUGCUCGCCCAGACAGCGCCAUGAUCAGAACAGUGAAUGGGAAGGCCACCAUCACCAUUGAGAGCUGCGCCCCUACGCUGUUCAUGUUCAUGCUCAAUGGCAAACAGGAGCACGGGCUGCUGAGCCUCAAGAAGAAUGGGAUGAAGCUAGAUGUGUACCCUCCAACCAUGGGCACCCACAAGCUACAAAUCUUCGCCAAAGGCAACUCUGACAUCUACAGCUCCGUGCUUGAGUACACACUCAAGUGCAACUACGUGGACCUGGGGGUCCAGCUGCCGUCCGAGCUUCACCAGCCGGUGGGCCCCAGUUGGUUCUCAGAGCAGAUGGGCAUUAGGAAGCCCUCCCACUCUGAGCCCAUCAUCCACACCAGUGACGGGCGCUGCUCCAUCAGCUUCAGCGUGGAGGAAGGGAUCAGCAUCCUGGCCUCCCUACACGCGGACGAGAGUCCCAUCACUGAGGAGACGCAGAGGCGCUACAUCUUUCAGGUGCAAAGAGAGAAGCGGACAGAGUUCAAAGUCCAGCUGCCCCAUGCCGGCAAGUUUGCUUUCAAGAUCUUUGUCAAGAAGAGGCAGGAGCAGGGCAAUUAUAUCUUCGUCUUCAAUUACCUCCUGUGCUGUGCCAAUACCAAGGUGAACUGGCCCAUGUUCCCCGAGAUCUUCGGCAACUGGGGACAGGACAAUGAGCUGCUGGAGCCUCUGUCGGGGGUGCUUCCUGCCAAUCGGAACAUCCCAUUCAAACUGAAGCUGCCCGGUAUCGCCAAAGCCCUGGUGAAGGGGCAGGACACAUGGCCCUUGACCCUCAACCAUGAGGGCUACUGGGAGGGAAGCUGCAGCACAGCUGGCUGUCAGGAAGUGUACGUCAUGGUGCUGGAGAAUGCCAACCACAACUUCUACUCCUACAUCCUGAAAUACCAAGUGAACGCCCAAUGAGGGACUGCAGCCUACCUUCCUUGAGGCCAGGGCCAAUCUUCUGCCAAGGAGGGUUCCAGAGAAAUACAGAGAGCCGCCCCAGACACCUCUGAUCUGCAUGAACCACUUCUAGGCCUCUGCUUCAGUUUCCCUGCUGCCGCAUGCAGGCUCCGAGAUGACUGUGUUCUCUGUUGUUUGACUCCGUGUGGCCCUGGCUGAGGGGACAGAGACAAACAAAGACCCUUGGGAUGAAAACGGUGCUAUGUAAAGCCAAGGUAUUGUGAACUGUGCAUCCCGUGCCCAGAUGCCCCCUUUCUUGUAUUAGUGCUGUUGUUGUCGAAGGGUUGAUGUGGGAAAGGAGGGAAGUUGUCCAGGCUGCAAGCUUGGAUGUGAUUCCUAAGAGAACUCUUCCGGCCCUAGAGGAGGGUCAUUGCAAGUCCAAGUCACCAGGGAAUCAGAGAACCCCCUUCCAAAGAGCAUGCUUGUGUUUUUCUCUUCCAAGGAGUGGGUCUGUUGUGUCGCCCCACAACUCCUGGGAAUGUUGGAUCUGACCAUCUUCCACAUUCCACUGCCUCUUCAUUAGCCAUGGUCUGCUCUUCACAAGUUCUGCACUAAAAAAAGAAGAAGAAGAAGGUGUGAAGAGGAAGCUAGGUGCCCCAGAGCUAGUAGACUUACAAUUCCCAUGGACCGAUGGAAAGUAGCAAGAGCAGAAAGCCAGUGUGCACCCAUGGUGUCCUGGAGGGGGGAGGGGGCGGGAGGCAGGGGGCAGGGGGCAGGGCAUUGGGAAGGAGUGGCACCAAUCCCAGUGCUGCAACCCAAGCCCAAGGUAGAAAGGCCUCAGACUCAGUGCUCCGUCCUAAGUCUGGCCCAGGACCUGGGGAUGCCCUCCUGACCCUAUUAAGAGCCUGAGCCCCAGGCCUGGCCUCACCUUGCUGGGCCUCCAGAGACCUGGUCUCUAGGUAAGGAGGUGAGACAAGUGAGCUGGUGGUCAGCAGCAAUCCUGGAGACACUCACACAAUAAUAGGGCUGUGCCUAUACACAUGCGCAUGCCCCAAUCCCCUCGGAGUGCCUUAUCAGCACAGCCAGGCGGGGGGGGGGGGGGGGGACUGCCAUCUGCCCUGGGAACCGUUUUGUGUUUGUCCCUGAGAGAAAGCCCUCUCCCAUCUCUCCCCUUGUUUUGAGAGGAGCCCCUCAGUCCUGACUGCCACCGAGGGGUAUUGUUAUAUUCUGAGAGCGAGAAUAAUCCAUGGAGGAACCAC